AUGUUGAAUGAUAUAGAAUAUUUCUUAAGCCCACGAGCAAAACUCUGGUAUGAGACUCGUGGUAUUCUAUACCGCCGAGGUUAUCUUCUCUAUGGUCCUCCUGGAACUGGCAAGUCAAUCAGCUUGAACUCCCAAAAUCUUGAUGAGGAUAGCUUGGUUGGCUUAUUCCAAAAACUUCCAAAACGUUGUAUUAUGCUGCUUGAGGACAUGGACAGAGCUGGGAUUGACCAAGAGGGCGAUAAGCGACGGGGGAAUUCUGAAAAUUCUAGCCAAGUGGGAGACUCAAAAACACUUCACCGUACUGGUAUAUCCCUCUUAGCUCUUUUGAACUGUCUUGAUGGUGUCGCCGCACAGGAGGGCCGUAUUCUGAUCAUGACCACCAAUCAUCUCGAAAAGCUUGAUGCGGCCUUGAUCCGGCCUGGUCGGGUAGAUAAGAGAUAUCACUUUGGUUUCGUGAAUACUGAAAGCAUCAAGGAGCUCUUUCAUUUGUUUUUUGACAAAAGUCCUAUCGAAAAGGGUUCGGUAAAUGACGAGACAUGGGAGAAAAGCAAAUCAGAACUUUGUGACGAAUUUGUAAAUAUUGUGGUCGCCAGUGACCUGACUGCAGUGCAAAUCAAUAAUUAUCUGAUGGAUUAUAAAGAAAACCCUGAGCUAGCUGUUUUGAAUGCUCGUGAUUGGAUGGGACGUAUAAGGGAGAUUGGUAUAGUAACGAAGUGA